GGAGCGACAGGUCUCGGGCCCUCAAGCGGAGCGGCGGGCGCCGGACCCCCAGGCGGAGCGACAGGUCUCGGACCCUCAGGCGGAGUGGCGGGCGCCGGACCCCCAGGUGGAACGACAGGUCUCAGGCCCCCAGGCGGGGCGGCGGGCACCGAGUCACCAGGCACAACCGUGGGCUCCGAGUCAACUGGGAUGACCGCUGGCACUGGGUCAGACAUUGGAUCGUCUGGCUGGACCGUGGGCACUGGGUCACCAGGCAUCAGGUCAUUUGGCUUGACAGCGGGCACCGCGUCAUCUGGCAAGGCAGUGGGCUCCGAGUCAACAGGCACGACAGUGAGCACACCGGGUCAUCAGGUACCGGAUUGUCUGGCUCGACAGCGGGCAUCGGUCACCAGGCAUCAGGUCAUUUGGCUCGACAGCGGGCACCGGAUCAGGUACCGGAUCAUCUGGAUCAACAGGGGCAUCGAGUCAACUGGCCUAAUAGGAUCGUCAGGCUGGAUCAGUUCAUCAUGCUGGGUAGAGGCAUCAGGC